GGAACAAUCAAUAGCCGGGUGAAGAAGAAGAAGAAGAAGGAUAGAGAAUGGGUAGAGGAAGAGUGGAGCUGAAGAGGAUAGAGAACAAGAUAAAUCGGCAAGUAACGUUUGCAAAGAGGAGAAAUGGACUCCUCAAGAAAGCAUAUGAACUCUCUGUACUUUGUGAUGCUGAAGUUGCUCUCAUCAUCUUCUCUAACCGUGGAAAGCUCUAUGAAUUUUCCAGCACCUCCAAGUAUAUAUAUUUCUUCAUCUCUAAAUUUUUAUUCAUGCCAAAAACACUCGAAAGAUAUCAGAAAUGCAGUUACUCCACUCCAGAAGUUAACAACGCUGCCAAAGAUAUUGAGCAAAGUAGCCACGAAGAGUAUUUAAAACUGAAAGGAAGAUACGAGACAUUGCAACAUCACCAAAGGCACCUCCUUGGAGAAGAUCUUGGGCCACUUAACAUCAAGGAUCUUGAGCAUCUUGAAAAUCAACUAGACUCCUCACUGAAACAAAUAAGGUCAACAAAGACUCAAUAUAUGGUUGAUCAACUUGGGGAUCUUCAGACAAAGGAGAAAAUGUGGGUUGAGGCAAACAGGGCUUUGGAAAGAAAGCUUGAAGAGAUUUAUAAAGAGAACCAGUUUCAGCACGCAUGGGCGGCAGGUGCCGAACAAAGCAAUUCAUACGCCCAUCAUCAUCAUCAUCAAACUCAAGGCUUUUUCCAGCCCUUGGACUUGCAAAUUGGCUACAGGUAUGAUCCUGCAGGUGGGAAUGAUCAUCAGAUGAAUGCUGCUUCUGCAUCUGCUUCAGGUCAUGAUCACCAAAACGUUAAUGCCAUGAUUCCAGGUUGGAUGCUUUGA